GUCCCCGAUUGCCCCUCUCUGGGUCUCUCUCCACCCCCGAGCAGCCACGCAUCCAGCAGACUAACGCCACUUGCAGCACCUGAUCUUCAUCUUUUUGCUGGGUAAAGGCCCGUACGACUGGGCUGCGUCAGCGCACACCUGCCCUGCGUUGCCUGCGUACCGUGGUUACGAAGUGACCGACACACGCUACGAGUCUGCCUGCUGCUGCUCAGGUCCCUUUUUACUCCACCUUAACCCAUUGACUUGACACACACCACGGCACUCAUGUCAUUGCACCUCUCCUCCCACUCCAUCUUCAAAACCUAAACCUCCCUUCUCCUUACCCUACCUAUCAACCAACUUCGACUGUACUCUCUGUCGAAACAAAACACUCCGUCACCAAACAGAACCAAUCGACACACUCCCCUACAUCAUCAAAACCAACCAACAGAUUGAACGACACAGCCCCCCGUCAAGAUGUUGUUGAAAUCCCUCGCCGCCGCCGGCCUGGCGAUUACGGCCACGCAAGCCUUCGUCAUCGUCCCCGAGAUCUCCGAAGUCGACAAUGAAAUCGUCAAGACCCUCCCCUUCGUGGAGGCUUCCUCAGAGGUUGGCCUCGCGAGCCACCGCGUCAAGGUCGAUUGCCCCGGCUGCCCCUUGACGAUGCGCCAACAUGAUGGCCGCUACCACACAAUGACCGACCUCGACAACCACCUCGAGCUCACUUUCUCCAUCGAAACCGACACCACCGGAGUCGACCACCUCCUCGUCAACGACUUUGAGCUCUACCCCAAGCCUGCUUCGUGGUACAAGGCCCUUCGUGCUCCUCAGGUUCCCGACUUCGCAGAGGCCGCUACCAAGCACCCUCAAAACGCCGACCCCAACACCCCUCAGCUGGGCUACAGCCUAGGCGUCCGCCCCGUCGCCAAGGAUACGGAGCAGGAGCUCGAGCUCGUCGAGGUGGACCUCCAAAUCAUCGAGGUCGGAAACAGCUUCGUCGCCGACGUUCCCAACGUCAAGGUCAAGCUCAUUAAGUCCCCUACCGGAAGCCUCAUGAUUGGCAAUGUCGAGCAAACCGAGACCUCCGUCCCGUCCCACAAGGAAGAGGAGGACCACGAGCCGCCUGCCGAGGACUGCACCACCUUCUACUGCAGAUGGCGCGCCGCCAUCCUGAGAAACAUGCGUGGUAUGAAGUGUGGAGGCCGCAAGCACGGAAGCAUGCGCGGCCAGCACCGUCACGGACAUCACUCUCACAACGCCGGCCAGAUGAGACACCACCACCACACCUGGGGUCAGCUGGCUAAGAACAUCACCUCCCACAUCCUGCUCCCGAUCCUUAUCGGCAUUGUUGCUGGCGUCAGUGUUAGCAUCAUUGGCAUGAUGGUCGGAACCUUCUUCGUCUGCCUCUGGCGCGUCUUCGUCCGCCGCCAAGCCCCCUUCGCUCGCCGUCACUGCCGCCGUCGUGCCCGCAAGAACACGCACCGCGAGGCCGGUGCCGUCGAGGAGAAGACCGAACUCAUGGCCGACUCCGCCGAUCUUUCUCCUUACAAGGACGACGAGGAGGAUGUUCCCAAGACCGAGACCGCUCAGGUCUAGGAGAGCGACAUCAUAUUGGAACUGAAACUCAAAAUCAACUCUCGUGCGACACUGAUGAUACCACUUUUCCUUUUACUCCUUUUCGUUGCUUUGCAGAAAAAAACAACCCACACAAGAAAUCACGUACCGAACCACCAAAAUUUGGACAAGAGAGGAAACCACACAUCUCAUAAAGAAGCGGCGUUUUUGUUUUUACUUUGAUAUUUUCCAGGAACGGGAUUGGCAAAAACUAGGAAUCUUCUCCCAACACGUAUCGAACGUCGUAUCGGAUGCCUUUGAUGUGCUCCGAUUGGAGACGCAUCGUGUGCUGGACGUCUACACACACUCUCAUUUUUCCCACCAAGCGUUAUUGUUAUCAAAUGGACGCCAUGAUAGCUGUAAAGGAAAGCAUUGGGGACUCGAAAUUGUAUUCAUAGGCCUCCCAAAAACCUACAUUCUUUAAAUUGAUUCCUCUUAGCGAGCU